CCCCCCUGAGAUGGAUGGGGGUGGGCACAGGGAGCCAGGAGAUGGGAGUGCCCGGUAGGUGCUGCUGCCCAUGAAGUGGAGUAGGUGGCAGCGUGGCUCCGAGGAGAUUCUGGCUUUGGAGUUCUGGUCCUCUGCCUCAGUUUCCCCUGCAGUCUCUCUGACCCAGAACCUCUACCCCCUCCCCCAGAGGCCCAGCUUCCCUGCCCAGCUCCACCCCGACUUGUGGCCCAGCUCCUGCUUAUCCUCAUUGUCCUCUUGUAAAGGCGGAAUAGGCAGCCAUGUGCCCCUGAGGACUGCGGAGCGAGCGAGGUGAACCAGUACUCGCAGCGCUCGAGGACGCCCGGCUACUUCCGCCAGACGGGGACCCGAUGGCUGCGGUGGCUCCGGGUUGCGCCUCGAACCCGGGUCUGCAGACGAUGGGCCCCUCCCCCCAGGCGCGGGAGAGGCGGGGGCGGCGGUGGGGGCGGAGCGGGGGCGGGGCCGGAGCGCUUUUCUCCGGAGGUCGCGCGCCCGAGAGCCCGCGCUGUCCGCUGCCGCUGCCUGAGCUGACUCCGCGCCGCCCGCUGCGAUGGAGGCCGCCGCCCAGUUCUUCGUCGAGAGCCCGGACGUGGUCUACGGCCCCGAGGCUAUCGAGGCGCAAUACGAGUACCGGACGACGCGCGUCAGCCGCGAGGGCGGCGUCCUCAAGGUGCACCCCACGACGAUGCGCUUCACCUUCCGGACCGCCCGGCAGGUGCCCCGGCUCGGGGUCAUGCUUGUCGGCUGGGGCGGGAACAACGGCUCCACGCUCACCGCCGCGGUGCUGGCCAACCGACUGCGUCUGUCCUGGCCCACGCGCAGCGGCCGCAAGGAGGCCAACUACUACGGCUCGCUGACUCAGGUGGGCACCGUGAGCCUGGGCUUGGACGCCGAGGGCCAGGAGGUGUUUAUGCCCUUCAGUGCACUGCUGCCCAUGGUGGCGCCCAACGACCUCGUGUUUGAUGGCUGGGACAUCUCGUCGCUGAACCUCGCCGAGGCGAUGCGGCGCGCGAAGGUGCUGGAUUGGGAGCUGCAGGAGCAACUGUGGGCGCACAUGGAAGCCCUUCGGCCUCGGCCUUCCGUCUACAUCCCCGAGUUCAUCGCGGCCAACCAGAGCACGCGCGCGGACAAUCUCAUUCCGGGCUCGCGCGCGCAGCAGCUGGAGCAGAUCCGCAAGGACAUCCGAGACUUCCGGUCUAGCGCGGGGCUGGAUAAAGUCAUCGUGCUGUGGACGGCCAACACAGAGCGCUUCUGUGAGGUGGUUCCAGGCCUCAACGACACGGCCGAGAACCUGCUGCGCACCAUUGAGCUUGGCCUGGAGGUGUCUCCCUCCACACUCUUCGCCGUCGCCAGCAUCCUGGAGGGCUGUGCCUUCCUCAAUGGGUCCCCGCAGAACACCCUGGUGCCCGGAGCUCUUGAGCUCGCGUGUCAGCGCCGGGUUUUCGUGGGCGGAGAUGACUUCAAGUCUGGCCAGACCAAAGUCAAGUCUGUGCUCGUGGACUUCCUCAUCAGCUCUGGCCUCAAGACCAUGUCCAUCGUGAGUUACAACCACCUGGGCAACAACGACGGGCAGAACCUGUCGGCACCGUUGCAGUUCCGCUCUAAGGAGGUGUCCAAGAGCAACGUAGUGGACGACAUGGUGCAGAGCAACCCCGUGCUCUACACGCCCGGCGAGGAGCCCGACCACUGCGUGGUCAUCAAGUACGUGCCGUACGUGGGCGACAGCAAGCGCGCGCUGGAUGAGUAUACGUCGGAGCUAAUGCUGGGCGGGACCAACACACUGGUGCUGCACAACACGUGCGAGGACUCCCUGCUGGCCGCACCCAUCAUGCUAGACCUGGCGCUGCUGACCGAGCUGUGCCAGCGCGUGAGCUUCUGCACUGACGCCGACCCCGAGCCGCAGACCUUCCACCCUGUGCUGUCCCUGCUCAGCUUCCUCUUCAAGGCGCCGCUGGUGCCGCCGGGCAGCCCGGUGAUCAAUGCGCUUUUCCGCCAGCGCAGCUGCAUCGAGAACAUCCUCAGGGCCUGCGUGGGGCUCCCGCCACAGAACCACAUGCUCCUGGAGCACAAGAUGGAGCGCCCAGGGCCCAGCCUCAAGCAAGUUGGACCCCUGGCUGCCACCUGCCCUGUGUCAAAGAAAGGACCGGUACCUGCUUCCACCAACGGCUGCACCGGUGAUGCCAAUGGGCACCCACAAGUGGAGGAACCCCAGAUGCCCACCACCUGAGGCCCCUGUCACACAGCUUCCCAGCCCUUCCUCCCCGCUGUCCCCCAGGACCCCACCUUUCCAGGCUGCCCCAAAGACAAUAAAGCCGCUGCCACUCUCAGCUGUCCUUCCACCUGGGGUUCUUGGGGCCUGGCACCUGGCUCUGCCUUCCUCUACUUCCCCAACUCUGAGCGCCCAGCUUCCCGUCCCAAUCCUUCUGCCCAUGGUUGCCACCCCAACUCCCAGGGAGAGCCCAGAACCCACAGCCUCAGUCGAAUGUGGGGCUAGAUGGGGGGUGGGGUGGGAAACAAGACCACAAGGUGGACAGCGUGGUGGUCGAAGACCAAAGAGGGAAUCAGACACGCUACCAAAAACCAAAACCAGGUUCCAUUUAUUGAUGGGGCCCACCCCCUGACGUCCUGGGGAGAGGGGACCCCCCCCAAAGAGCCCUUCUUUCUGGAACAAAAUACAAAUGGCAGGAAGGGUCCAUACAGAAAAGAACGUCUCUGAGGUCCUUGCGUUUUUAAUAAAAUGAUAAAAGUC